AUGACUGGCUUCCAAAAAGAAGCUGCUGCGGAGGCAGCAGUGGUCGUCUCGACAGAGCCAGAAGCCGAAUACCCCAUGGACGAAGGACUUCAAGCAUGGCUACAAGUCCUAGGAAGCUGGAUUCUCUUUGCAAAUACCUGGUUCGUAUUGCCCCAGCCCAGGAAUUCUUGGUUAUUUGAGCGAGCUUCGUUCUUGCAUACCUAUCACUAUACGUCUCUAAUGCUUCCAAGGGGCCUCACAAACUCCUUUGGGAUAUUUGAGACAUUCUACGCUGAUAGUCUCUUGAAAACCUCAACUCCUUCUGCUAUUUCAUGGAUUGGGUCCAUCCAGCUUUUCCUAACCAUGCUUGUUGGGGUCUUUGCGGGCUGGUUUUUGGAUUCGGGGCACCUGCAUCUACUUCUUAUCCUGGGGACAUUCUUUGAGGUUUUCGGAAUGUUCAUGACAUCUCUUAGUACCACAUACUGGCAGGUGCUGUUGGCACAGGGCAUCUGCACCGGUCUAGGAAGUGGGCUUCUGGGUCUGACCUCGGUUGCUGUUAUACCCCUGUACUUUCGAAAGAAGAGGAUGAUCGCCACGGGGAUUGCGGCUACGGGCAGCAGUCUGGCCGGAAUUAUCUAUCCGAUCAUGCUCCGGCGUCUCUUUGUGCAGAUAGGAUUCCCAUGGGCUGUGCGAGCGCUAACAUUCCUUAUCUUGGGGUGUCUAAUCGUUGCCUGCUUGGUCAUGAAGCUUCGUCCACGGUCUUCCAAGGGAACCUCACUAAUCGAGCUCAAACAUUUCCGCGAUUUCCCCUACGUGGUAUUCAUCGCUGCAUUCACCCUGAUGAUUUCUUCGGUGUACAUCCCCUUCUUCUACAUCCAGAAAUAUGCCCUGCAACUGGGCAUCGACGAAGACAUGGCCUUCUACCUCCUCAGUAUGAUGAAUGCGACGAGUUUAAUAGGUCGUAUCGGGCCUAAUUGGCUCGCAGACCGGUACGGAGGAGUCAAUGUCAUGGCGCCAGCAUGCUUCCUAUCGGCGGUUACUCUCUUUCUAUGGCGAUUCACCCACAGUCUCCCCGGACUUAUUGUUAUCGUGCUGCUAUACGGUCUUAUCUCUGGCGGCAUGGUUUCGCUUCCACCCGCCACCAUCGCCAAUCUCACCAUUAAACAGAGCGAGCUGGGGGGACGAAUGGGUCUGGCCUACACCAUCGCUGCAUUUGGGGCGUUGGUCGGCAACCCAAUAGCCGGUGCGUGUCUCCGACCAUCAGGGGCCCCAUCGCCAUUGGUACAGGAUAUUCAGUCGGAAUUCCAGGGCACAUGGAUCUUUGCGGGGGCAAUCAUGCUCUUGGCGACUGCAUGUUUGGUUUUGACCCGGUAUCUGCAAUUUGGCUUCUCCAGGGGAAACAAGAUAUGA